AUGACGCGCGUAGCGCGUCUCAUUUUCCCCAAGAGGCUCGACCGAAAGACGCCUUCACACUUUUCCCCUUCACCCCUUCCUGCCGUCACAGAGAUCAGUUCGAUGGAUAUCUCAUCAGUGUUGCAGGGCGGGUACCAGCACCCGUUGUCGCGCUCAUGGCAGGCAAGGCGGCACCUCACGAAGGGGAUGUUCAUGUAUCCCAUCUUCAUCACUGACGAGCCUGAUGCGAGCGUCGAUAUUCCCUCUCUGCCCGGCCAGCGGCGGUGGGGCGUGAACAAACUCGAGGAGUUCCUCGGCCCGCUCGUGCAGAAAGGGCUGAAGAGCGUGAUCCUCUUCGGCGUGCCUCUGAAGUGCACCAAGGACGACCGCGGCACGCCCGCUGAUGAUCCCGAGGGACCUGUCAUCCAGGCGAUCCGGAAGCUGCGCACGCUCUUUCCCGCGCUGUACAUCGCGUGCGACGUGUGCCUGUGCGAGUACACCUCGCACGGGCACUGCGGUGUCUUCCGCGUGGACGGGAGCAUCGACCCGGAACCAUCCGCUGGGCGCAUCGCGGAGGUCGCGCUCGCGUACGCACGGGCGGGCGCGCACUGCGUCGCGCCGAGCGAUAUGAUGGACGGGCGCGUCAAAGCGAUCAAGCGUGCGCUCAUCGACGGCGGGUACGGGAACCAGUGCACGCUGAUGAGCUACGCGGCCAAGUUCGCGAGUUCGCUGUAUGGGCCGUUCCGAGACGCCGCGGGGAGUGCGCCGGCGUUCGGGGACCGCAAAUGCUACCAACUACCCCCGCAAGCCAAGGGCCUUGCGCGUCGGGCGAUCCUUCGCGACGUGGGCGAGGGUGCGGAUAUCAUCAUGGUGAAGCCCGCGAUGCCCUACUUGGACAUCAUCCAGGACGCGGCGCAGCUCGCACCCAACCACCCGCUCGCGUGCUACCAGGUCAGCGGAGAGUACGCGAUGAUCGUCGCCGGCGCGCGUGCUGGGGUUUACGACCUGCGCACGAUGGCGUACGAGAGCGUGGAGAGCUUCAUCCGCGCAGGUUGCGGCCUGAUUUUGACUUACUUCACCCCUCAAUUCCUGGACUGGCUUGACGAGUAA